GAGGCAGAAGGUGCCAACGCCGACCCCGAGGCGGGGAGCGUGCGCGCCGGGAGCCCCGCGGGAGCAGCCGCCGAGCGGCUGAGCGAGCAGAGGAGCAGCCUCCCGUUGUGUGAACUUCUACAGACACGAUGGGCCGUGCACAACAGCCCCCUUUGCUGUCCCGGCUGCAGGUCGUGCUCGGUGUGCUGAGCCGGCGUACCCGCAGGGCGCCGGCCGGGGCCUGUGCAGAGCUGUGCCGGCCCAGCACCCAACGCUGCCUCCCGUGCUGCGCUUGUACAACGUCUUGUCCAGUACGUUUUGUCCCUCUAUUUGGUCAUUCUGCCCGGGUCGCAGAACAAUCAUCCAGCCUCUGCAACGUUAUGGCAAAACCAGGCCAGGAGCUUCACAACACGGCAGCGUGGAAGUCAGCGCUUCCCAUCCACUGCAAAGCAAACAGCGGUUUGUCCUGCGAGGCUGCCUCUGUGCCAUGACCUUCCACUACCAGUGGGUCUCUCAGCUGGAAAGCCUCUCUCAGAGGGACACGUUUGCAGCUAGUUCAGGACCCAUACAUUGAAGGCAUAUCUGUGGAAAUACCUGCUAUUAGGCUGAGACUCUGGUCCACUUAACAGCCUACUCUGGCACAGUGAACCCUCCCUAGAGGCAUUGUGAAGUAUCUCUGGGAGGUCUGGACAAUUAGGGGGUCUCCUUACUGCCCCAGUCAUGUGAAUUUGCAAGCCUGGAGGUUUUUCAGCUGAGACACAUCUCCACCCUGGCUCCUCUUGGGCGCUAGAAGAUCUUCUGCCACGGGCCCUCCCCAGCACUGUCAGAGCCUGAUAAGCAUCCCUUGGAGCCCAAGGACCCGGAGUCCCUGCUGAUGGCCAGGAAGAUCUCUGUGCAGACCUGCUGGUAGAGCAAGAGCCAGGCUACAGAGCUGCGAGAGCAGCUUCUCUUCUGUACAGAUUUGAUGUCAGUGCCAUCUUGAGAACCACAACCCACAGGUUCCAAUCACCAGCGCCCAGAAUCCCAGAUUCGGUGAGGUUGGCAGCUGCCUCUGGAGAUGGUCCAGUCCAACUGUCCUGCUCGGAGCAGAGUCAACCAGAGCUGGUUGAUGAUGAAGGAAAUGAAAAGGCAGCAGUGCAGGAAACCAGGACGCUGCCCAGGCCAUUAGCGGAGAUGGUUUGCGUUGCUCAUGAGCUUGUCAGGAAAUUACUGCUCCGGAAAGCGUGCCUCUGGGCCCGAGGCAGGGCCGGGCUGCUAUAAAAGGCAGCCCAGCUCUCUGCUCUCUCAUCCACUUCUCUCGCCUCCUGCUCCUUGGGAUCCAGGUCACCUCCAUCCCGAAGCCAUGUCCUGCUGCAGCCCCUGCCAGCCCUGCGGCCCGACCCCGCUGGCCAACAGCUGCACUGAGCCCUGCUGCAGGCAGUGCCAGGACUCCAACAUCAUCAUCCAGCCCUCUGCUGUGGUGGUGACCCUGCCCGGCCCCAUCCUCAGCUCCUUCCCUCAGAACACCGUUGUGGGCUCCUCCACCUCCGCCGCCGCUGGCAGCAUCCUCAGCAGCCAGGGAGUGCCCAUCUCCUCCGGGGGCUUUGACCUCUCCUGCAUCACCAGCCGCUACUGUGGCAGCAGAUGCCCCUGCUAAAGCUGCCGGCACCCUCCUUGGCCAAGAACCUUCAAGGCCUCGCAACAUGGUGCCGGGCACGAGACUGAGCUUCAGGGCUCUGCUCUCCUCUCUCUCUUUCCUUUGCUGUUGACUUUCCCCUUCUCCCAAGGCCAGCUCUUGCUGGCUGCCCCUGGUGCUCUCUCUGAGACACCCCCUUCUCAUCUUU